CGCACACGCACACGCACACUCCCCCUGCAGUGUUGGAGCUGCUGCAGAUUCUCUGCAUCGUCAGAAACCCGAGAGGAGCUCAGAUCCUCCGUCCUGCUGCUUUUCUCCACAUUUACUUCAGUUUCCAGACCCGCUGCUGGAGCCGAAUCUGUCGGAACCACCCGAACCCUCUGGACCCCCUGCAGAGACACAAUGAGCCUCACCCUGCUGCUGGCUGUGGAGUGAACCAGGUGAGCUUCCAGAGAACGAUUCCUGCCUUCAGCUCCUCCUCACCAAACCGCUGCUUGACCAGUCCGAUGGCCACCAGUCCCAGUGGCGCCCCAGAAACCUGCAUGGCAGCCCGGCAGGAGCCAGAGGAGCCAACGAGCUCACAGCCAGACGGAGCGGCCGCCGCCCCUCAGCCGGCCGCCAAAGAGCAGCAAACAUCAGACGCUCCAGAGGGCCGACCAAUAGAAAGAGAGAAAUCAGUCGACCACCUGACAGUAAUCAGUGAGAUCACAGAGACCAGUAACGGCGUUGCUCCUGUCAUGGCUGAAACGUCUCCCACAGUGUCCUCUGUGUUGCCCAAGUUUCACACUAAGCCAGGCAGCCACAUUAAUGGCCGGCCUCGCUUGGGCAGCCGGUCCGGCUCGUUGGCGGCGGGCUCACCGAGGCCCUCGCUCACCCGCCAGCCCAGUGCCAUCACAGAGGUCACUGGGGACGGAUCGAAACCCAGGGACUACCUGAUCCUGGCCAUCCUGUCCUGCUUCUGCCCCUUGGUGCCCAUCAACAUCGUAGCCCUCACUUUCUCCGUGAUGUCUCGGAACAGUCUGCAGCAGGGCAACGUGGACGGAGCCCGCCGUUUGGGUCGCAACGCCUUGGUGCUGUCCGUCGUCUCCAUUUUAGGGGGAAUCGCUAUCAUCGCUGCAGCCAUCGCCUUCAACUGGGGACGGAUUUUGAAAUUCUGAUGACAUCUUCAGAACCAGAUCCAGACCAACAUGGCGCUGUCUAGUCUCUGAAGCACUAUCGUUCCCAUCCACCUUCACCAGAUGGAAAAACUAUCGUACUUCUGUUCCAGCUUGUGGUUUUAUUUCUGCACGACGAUGAGCAUGACCUGCCUGACGCUCUACCUCCAACACAACCAGCCAACUCUGUCCCAACGCUGACCGACGGAUCCCUCUGCAGUUCUAGCUUCAUUCCCGAUCCGACGCUCUUCUCUCCCACCAUCCUGGAAUCAGACGUUUGUCUCUGUGGAAGAGGGAUUAUUGGUGUUGAAGCAAACUGCUGGAUCUCAUGUUCUGAUGCCAAAAUGGUCUCAGCUGUUGUAAAACUGGGAGAUGCUGCUGCUAUGAAACUUUGAACUGAGGAUGGAUCAAGACUUUUACUGUGAAGGCGGGAAAGAAACGGACAAUAAGGUCAUGGGUAGCAAACUUUUCCACCUUCCUCUGACCCAAACGCCAGGUUUCCUUCAGCCACGGCGUCCAGAACCGACUCGUGAUUCAGUUCUGGACUUCCAUCAGGCAGAGUUGGAUUAUCAGAGUCCAUCUUAAAUCAGUCGUGAGUCAGAGGAAAUCAAAACUUCCCCAUGAAAUCAGCUGAAUUUAAGACGUCAACAAGCUGCUGGUCAAUGAGCUUCAGAGGUCCUAACAUCUCCCUGCUGGACUCCGCCUUCAGGAGGAAAACCUUCCCACUUCAGUAAACGUCAUGAAGUUAGGAUGAAGUAUGUGGAUCCUUCAGCGAUGAGAGGAGCUCAGCUGCUGCUCCAGGCGGUUCCUCUGACCCGGACAGGGCGGCCAACGUCAGUCCUCCGGGGCCGGCGCCCUGCACCUGUAAGCUCUUCCCCUGGUCCAACACACCUGGAUGGUUCAUCAGCAGAACCUCUGCAGAACUUUGUCAUGCCAGGAUGUCGAACCAGGGACAGAACUAAAACAUGCAGGAAACCGGACCAGGAGGACCGGCUCUGCUGUGGAGAGACUGGAUUCACCGUCUGGGGUCUCCUUGGAUCCUGGAGGAAAUCCUGGAGCGGCUAGACCUGGUCUUUAUAGAUGAGAGGAAGAGGAAGGAUCUUCAUCAGUAAUCAGAAAAGUUCAGCUGGAUUGAAGCUGGAAAGCUUGAUUAAAUCCUGCGAAAGCAGCAGAUGUCAGAUGGUGAAGCUGAGAAAACCCGAGAAGGCCUGGUUUCCUGACGUUUGCACGUCGGCCCUGAGGUUCACUCCAGUCUGACUGGUGAAGGUCGACCUGUGAAACCGAUCCCGGGUCAGCCCCUCAGCCAUUCUUAAUGACCCUGUCUGACGGCAGCGUCUCCGCUUACUGGACCUGAACCAAUGACUCGGAUCACAUUGUUCCCAGUCAUUCCUGGGACUUCAGGUUACGAUAACUCGGCAUCUCCGGCUCUCUGGGUUUUUGAUGGAGGUCAGCGUGGAUCGGAUUUUCCUCCUGAGGGAAGCAGGAAACGGUGUCUGCUCCCAGAGUUGAGCUUCAUCUCAUCUCAGAAACGCUGAGCUGUUUCCUCUUCCUGCAGGAAACGUGAAGCUAACUGGACCAGAACCCGGCCUGUCGUCCAGUAAACCUGCUGCUCAGUCCAAACUCUUCCUUUAUGCUUUACAUCUACAUUUGCAUCACAAUUUAGUAAAAACAUUCAAUAAAAUUUUAAGUUUCUCGUUAAUCAGCUCCAACUCCCCAAUAAAAAGUUGAACGUUUAUCCUCCAGUUCAGGUGGAAAAUGAACCAUUUCCAACUCUAGUUCCACUUCAUGAGGAUUUUUAAUUCAAAUCAUUUCUAUAAAAACGGGUCAUUUAGAGUCUUGGAGUUUCUGGACCUGAAACAGGAAGUUCAUAUCGGUGGUGGGAACACUAUGCUAAUGUGCUAAGCAGAGCUAAUUCUUUGUUUAGCACUUUAGCAUUUCUCUAAAUUUGAACACACUGACACGCUUUAGCUGCGCUAACGUUUAUGAUUAGUGCUUUAGGAUUAGCGCUACAAACAUUUUAGCCAUCGUUGCCAAAGAGAAGGGAUCUGACAGGAACGGUGGCUGAACUCUGGAGUCUCACAUCAGCGUGACGUUUGGGUCCAUCUUCAGUUUUUCUCCCACCCUGGUUGGACGGGUAGCUGUUAGCGGUUGUUCUGAAAGGUUCUGAUGAUGCUGCAGCCCUGCAGGGCUUCUGGUGCCAAACAAAAACCUGUUCAUUUAAUAAUCCUGCAUGAUCACUACUGUGACUGGAUUCAUGUUAUUCACUCUAAAUUAUUCUUGCACACCAACGUUGCCACGUUGCUAAUGGACUCAACCCAGAUGAACAGAACCAGAAUCUCGUAUCACCUGUGCAUGUUUACACUUAUUACUGAAUGUUUUUACCUUCAACUGUCCUUCACUCAGCACAGAGAAACUCACCAGGUGUUCUGGUCCUCGGUGGGUUCAGGUGUUGGCAGCUGGUUGGUCUCAGGUUGUUCUGGUUUCGUUGCUCCUUCCCAGCUUCUUGCUUUGUGCAACAGGAACCUGCAGGUUUGGUCCGUUAGAACCAAAUGAAAGGUUUCUACUUUCCCCGAGUUUCCUCUCUCUAUGGCCACCACAGUGAUCUGAGUGGAACGCCACCGGUACCACCGGUACCACCCGUUCCACACCGCUGAGUGGAAACCAGGUGUCAGCAAGGAGCUCAGGAGGCCGACGGGUCCGUUACUGUUUGGGUGGAACAGCAGGAAACAAAGUGGUGAAGGAACAAAGUAACCUGGACCAGAACCUUCUGCUGGUUCGAUCUGAAGAUGAUCAGAACCAUUGCGUCACAUUUGGACGUCUCCAGUGACCUUGUUCACGGCUCGGCUCGACCCGCUUCGCUCCGGUUCUGAUUGUAGCAUGCCUCUUUACUAACCACAUUAUGCAAGUGAAACGUAGAAUGUCAGCUUUGGGUUCUGGGUUCUGUUUUGGUUUCUCAGUUUGGAACCUGUUCUCUUUGCUACUUGUGUGCUAAUAUUAUGCUAAUAUUAUGCUAAUAUUAUGCUAACAUUGUGACUGUAACAUGAACACCUCCCAUCUGCUGGCACAAGACGUGUAAAUAGAGAAACUUUUUAUUUGGACAGAAAACUUUCUUUCAUCAGAUGUUUUUAUUUCUGGGGAAUGAAAAGUCCAGAAGAAGCUUUUAGGAACCAAGAAUCGGGUUUCUCUGUAACUUUUUAACUAGCCUGCCGUCUGCCAGUUAUCAUUUGGUAGGGUCUCAAAACAGUUUGGCCUUGAACUAGGCCAUUACUAAUUAACUUUGGCUCUACGUGUUGGUGCUAAUUGGCCCCGGUUCUGAUUGGUCGGUAACUUGCCCAGAGUCUAAUUGGUCAGAGUGUUUUGGAUCUGCAGUCAGUUCUGGUUCUGAAACCUGAUGGACUAAAAUCACAACAAACUAAUCCAGUGGGAAAAUGUCGGUGGGUCGAUGUGAAGACCAGGCUGAGCUCAGUCCAACUACAAGUUCUGUUUUGUUACUGAACUAAAGCUCCGGACUUUUCACUUCUGUCGACUGAUGCUGAAUUGAUCCUGUUUGUUUUAGUUGAAUCUGUAUUUUAAUAUUUCUAUCCUUUUUGUAUUUAAUCUCCUGUUUCCUGUUCAGUAGCGAAAGCUUUCGGUUCCAGCAUGAAGCUUCACCGCCGACGCUCUGAGUCUCUGCAUGCCUUAAACUGACGGAUGAAUGAGUGAAUGAUGCUGAUGUUUUCACUCUGAUGACGUCUGAGGAGAAUAAAUCCUUCAGCCUCGUUCAUCAGAAACAGAA